CGCGUCGUAGUCUCGCGGCCAACUUCUGCAGCUACCUUCAGUUGUACACCUUUGCACUAUGCGGCUUUUGAUCUUGGGUGGAACAGGGCCGUGUGGUCUCCAGCUCAUCGAGCAGGCUCUUGCACUGAAUCAUACCCUCGUCCUCUACCUUCGCUCGCCUCAGAAACUUCCGGAAGCCAUCACCAAAAACCCAGCGGUUCAUGUAGUCGAAGGACAGCUCACAGACAAAGAGAAACUUCUAGAGGCUCUGGAUGGCGUUCACGCGGUCCUCUCCGCCCUAGGUCCCGCCGUAAAGAAUGGCCCAUUCCACCCCGGCAACACGCCACUCGCGCAGGCCUAUGUCUUGCUCAUCGACGUCAUGAAGCAGCGCAACGUGAAGCGGCUGCUUCUGCUUGGCACGGCGAGCAUGAAGGACGAGCACGACAAGUUCAGCGUUCAGUUUACCGUGCUCGUCAGCGGCGUAGCGCUCUUCGCACACAACGCUUACAAGGACGUCGUCGCUAUCGGCCAGACCGUCAGGGGCGCGGAGGAGGACCUCAUCUGGACCAUUGCCCGUGUUCCGAUUCUGACAGAGAAGCCGGAAAAGGAUUUUGUCGCGGGAUACGUGGGCGACGGCAAGAUUGGCACGAGGCUCUCGCGCGCGGCUUUUGCGGCCUUCAUGCUCAAGGAGCUCGAGACCAAUGAAUGGUGCCGAAAGGCGCCGUUGAUAUCAUCUCCGUGAACUCGAAAUCAAACCACAUAUAGAUGUUUCGUGAGUGUCGUAUAUGGACUUGCUGGACGGCCACUCUGUUUCUGUCUCCAAAUGUAUCAUGGCCCACCACAAGAAAUGUAUAUCAGACUGCCCCGUGCGCUUGAAAGGGACACACUAUAAAGUUUGCAAAUGAAUACUGUACACAAAGGACCACUCUUGCUCCGCGGCCCGCCGAUGGCGCAGUGCAGACUGGAAACCUUCUAUCCUUCCAUUCAUUC